ACGACAUGUUGUUACUAGGCGCCAUGUCGUGCUCGCCGCAUCCAGCUGUAGUUCUCUGCCAACGAGCGGGUUUCUAACGCAGCUCUGAGGUUCGUGUGUUCGUCUUCUCUUAGAAACAUCGUGUCUGAGGAGAAGAACACAGACAUAGCGUCAAACUCCGUCUGUCUCUCCACGUCAGACAGGUUCAGUGGGUGAGAUCAGACGAGUCAUGUUCAACCCCAGUGAAGUUGAASGUGAGGUGGAUCAUUCAUUUUUCGACAGUGAUGCUGAUGAAGGUAGCAUGAACAGAGGAGGGGAAAUGAUAGAGCAUGAGCUUCAAGCAAAACAGACUGAAAAAGCAAAUGAUGGUUUGUCCCAGAGGACUGAUGGGACAGAAAAACAAGUUAACAACAACCYAAGCAGUGGGGAAAGUAAAGAGAGCAGCUAUAUAUCAAAGGAAGAAAAUAAUCAAAGGGUUUCGGACCUAUCAUCUGUUGCCURUAUGUCACAAAAAGGCAUCAGUAUCAGCAGUGAUAGUGAGGAAGAUUACAGUGYGCACUCUAAAAGACCCAAUAAGACAUUCAUGGCUUUGUUAGAUGAGGUGAAUMAUAGCGACAUGUAUAACCAGAGUCCAAAUAAAACUGAAGAAGAAGCUUCGCCAUCCACUGCCACACACUUGGAAAYGAGAAAUAAACACUCUCCUAAAAACCUGACAAGAAAAUGGCGCAGCCAAAGUCCAUCCCCCACUUCAGCUGAGGAAGCAGACUCAGAAAGCUGUUCUAGAUGUAAUAGUAGUAGGUCGCGCACCRCUCACAAUUCCAUGAAGUCGUCUUUAUCUCCUCGAGAGAGAAAGGCCAGAGUGGGCUCAGCAGGAUCUUGGGAUAUGUCCACCAGAUAUACAGAGGAGUCAGAUUAUACAGCGACAGAUGUGAGCUCCCUCUACUCCCCUGACAUCAGCCCUCUGCAGUAUUUGGACUUGAAAGACACAGAGGCGGAGGAGUGGCAGGAGAGUGUGCCCUCCAGUGGCCUCAGCGAUACACAUCACAACGAGGACUCAGAUCAGGAUGUGGAUGAGUUCACCCUCAAUUCAGAGAGUCAAUUUGGAGGUGGAGUGGCCGUCUGCUAUGCUGRUCAGAAAAACAGGAAGAACUACUCAUUCAUCAACGAAAAAACCCGCCUCAUAGGUCUGGAGAACCAGCGACUGCUUCGGGUGUUGUCACGUAUUUCUUCCAGACCAGACAGUACAGCGAAGAAGGAAACCAAUAAAACCAGCAACUCAUCUGCCAUUCSCCUUAAUUACAGUGCCAUUAACAGACAGCGGGAACAGAAACGCAUCGACAGGGAGAAUCUGGCUUUUCUGAAGCGACUGGAGUCUGUCAAGCCAACACCUGGUUUGUGUCGCACAGAGCUACUAGCAUCAUAUUUUGGAGCACCUGUUAACCGAAAURGACCCUCUCCAAAGAAAGACACGUCCACCAGCAGAACAAACGCAGCAGCAAGUCCAAGGUCAUCUACUUCCACCAACCACAGCUCCAGAGCAGUUUCCAUCCCCACAGACUCCGACAGAUAA